AUGACUUUUACCGGUCCACCGCGCGGGCCCGCUGGGAUGAUGAAGUAUGUUUUCUUUGCCAGCGCCGUCCUGGGAUUGCUGUACUAUCUACGAUUGUCCGCAUUGAGCGCCACGCUGGGCUCAACCCAGAGUCCAAUUGAUACCUCUCUUCUCUCGGGAACAAUGUCACCGCAGAAGCCAGCAGCCGAACCAUUGCACGCUCAAGAUCCCGGUUCCUUCCCCGAUACCGAAACGAGCGACCACAAGAAUACACACGAGUUCAAACCGCCAGUCUUGGUUGCGCCUUCGUCCAGUGCGAUAUCUUCAAGUUCUGUCUCCCAGAUUUCUGCGGCCCCAAGCGCCACUACAGCUUCAACUUCGCCCUCUUCGACUGCGGUAUCUUCGAUUCUUCCUUCGGUCGCCGCAGCAUCGUCUGUGCCAGCUUCCACGUCCUUGAAAAGCCCACACCCAAUCGAUACGUUGAUGGAAAGAGCGAGCAAGGCACAAGAGGACUUGCUGAAGAAAGAGAGCCAUGAUUUGAAGUCCGCCGCUGCCGCAUAUCGCGAGAGGAGGGGCCGGCACCCGCCGCCUGGGUUCGAUGUUUGGUACGAUUUUGCAAAGCAAAAUAAUGCCAUCAUGGUGGAAGAUUUCUUUGAUCAGAUUCACCAUGAUCUAGCUCCAUUCUGGGGUUUGCCUCCCGCCGUCCUGCGCAAGGAGAGCCACGCAUAUGAUAUGACAAUCCACAUUCGAGACCAGAAGGCAAAAACGACGAGCAAUUGGUUCUGGACUGAAAUAUGGCUGAACAUGACCCAGAGUAUCGAAGAUAUGCUACCAGAUAUGGACCUGCCAUUAAAUUCCAUGGACGAGCCUAGAAUAUCUGCUCCGUGGGAAGAAGUCAAUCGUCUGGUAGAGAUUGAAAAGGCCUCGAGAAAAAUGCUGCCUCCUAAUGAGAUAUUCUCCGACUUUCAGAAGCUUCCCAAAGAGCCGGACACUGAUAUUCCGCAGCGACACAAGAACUUCUCCGACACCCGUCCAUAUUGGCAAGCUGCUAUUCGGGGUUGUCAUCCCGAAAGCCCUGCGCGCAAGGCUCAAAUGUUGUUGCAUCCAAUCAAUGGCACCGCGCCACCAUUAUCUCUCACGCACACGGUUGGACACACUUACAAAGGAUACGUUUCCAACUAUACAGCUUCCACAGACUUUUGCGGUCAACCGGACCUGCAAGCGCUUCAUGGCAUGUUCAUCAAUCCGCUUUCGGUAUCUGAGACCAAAGUGUUUGCUCCUCUUUUUGGCGGCUCGAAACUUCCAACCAACAACGAGAUCUUAUUGCCAGCACCAAUGUAUUGGAGUGAGGAAGAGCGUUUUACAGGUGGUGGAGCGACUGGUGGUCCUUGGAAUAAUAAGACAGCGCAGGUUAUCUGGCGUGGUGUUGCGACUGGGGGGAAAAACAACAAAGACAACUGGCGAGGAUUUCAACGACAUCGCUUUGUUGCGCAAACCAAUGGAACCAAGAUCUCAAAUGCGGAAGCGUGGACGGAAAUUCCUGAAAAUUGGGCUAUGCCAACCACUCAAUACAAUCUCGCCGCACAGCAAGACAAUCGGCUAGGGAAUUGGACUGCAGAGUGGGCAGACACUGGCUUCGUGGACCUUAUGUGUGAUCCACCUGGAGAAAACCAUCUUUGCAACCACACCGACCCAUAUUAUAAGAUUCUGCCCGGUAUCAAGAUGGCUGAGCAGUUCCAACGCAAAUAUCUUCCAGAUAUUGACGGUAAUUCCUUUUCUGGUCGGUACCGUGGAUUUCUCAUGUCGACAUCAGUACCGAUCAAAGCGACCAUUUUCCGUGAAUGGCAUGAUUCGAGACUCAUGCCAUGGCUGCAUUUCGUUCCUAUGGAUAACCGAUUCCUCGAUUUCUGGGGUAUUAUGGAAUAUUUCCUCGGUUACAAGAGCGAGACCAUGGAAGUUCCUGCUCACGACGCAGAAGGAGAGAAGAUCGCCAUUGCCGGGCAAGACUGGGCGAAUAAAGUUCUACGAAGAGAAGAUAUGCAGAUAUAUGUGUUGAGAUUACUACUCGAAUACGGCCGAUUAAAUGACGAUCGGAGAGAUAAUAUGGGAUUCGUGGGAGAUUUAGUGGACUCACCUGCGUAG